AUGCCAAGAAACUUAUACCUUUACGAAGAGGUUUGCUUGCAUACCUGCAUGGCCGACCCGUCCAAUCAACUUUCUUACGCACAUCAUGAAGGGAGCUCAACAAUAGAUCACAUUCAAGCCCACGCACACAAUCUACACACAAUCUACAAAGAGAAGAAAAAAAAUUCUCUACUCAACACCCUCAAAAUGAGGGACAAAAUCAAUUCGGAGAUAGCACCAGAGUACUCCAACCAUGGGUUGACUCCAGCUGGCGUUCCUGGUGGGGUCGCAUACGUGGCACUUGCCUCCAAUAUGCAAUAUCUCGCGUCUCCUAUUUUCUCGCGCUUCAAAACGCAUUUCCACUCGCAGAGCAGUUAUAGGCCCGAGGCGAGAAAAACGGUCACCAGGCCCGAAACUCCGCCAGCCGUGAACAGGCCCGGUUUGUUUGCUAGGCAGCUGGGCCGGGGCGUGGCCCAAUUGGUGAGGUGGCCCGAUUCAAUGCUCAGCCCAAUGAGCAUCAGGAUCUCUGCAACCGCGAAUGAUAUCCUGAAAAUCAUAGAUUUGGGGAGACACAACAAAAGAUACAUAGGAGUAUAUUAA